AUGUCCUACUACUUCGCAAUGAUGGGGACUAAUGAUUCCCCAAUAUAUGAACUGGAAUUCGGGACCUUUCGUCAAGGAGGUGACGGAAUUGCAAGGUUCCCCCCAGAAAUGCGCGAACUUAACCCCUUCGUCGUCCAUUCAGCUCUAGAUGUUGUCGAAGAUGUCCAAUGGGCUUCAAACCAACUCUACCUUAAAGUCGUUGAUAACCACUAUGGCUACAUGAUUUCUGCAAUGUGCACAGCUGGUAAUAUCCGAUUCAUGCUUCUCCAUAAGUCAGGUUCAGCUGGCUCCGCUAGUGGACCUACUGGCUCAAGCGUAGUUGGUUCAUCUGGUUCAAGCUCUGGCUCAGGAAGUCUGAUAGGAUCUUCUUCAUCCUCCUCUUCAGCUUCCCAUAACGAAGAACCUAUCCGUCAAUUUUUUUUCGACGCAUACGAACUUUAUGUCAAAACUUUACUCUCCCCAUUUUACUCUUUAAACCAACCAAUCUCUAGCCCGAUAUUUGAUCAGAAAAUAAGAGCAUUAGCAAAAAAAUACCUAUGA